AUGGCGCUUCCUCCGGUCAAGAUCGCAUCUCGGCCCACUUCGCCCACUUCUUCUCAACACCACCACAACCACAAUCACCAUCAAUCCGCCACUGCCUCUUCCUCUACCACAUCCACCUCCCAUCCGCCACCCCGAAUCGCAGCUCGUCCCGUCGCCCCUGCUGAUCGCUCUCCCGACCGUCUCUCUCAUCACCUACGCAACGGCUCUGCUCACGACGCCGAGGCGUCACCGCACGUCCGUCCUCGAGCUUCGCAACCACCGUCUCCUUCCGGCUACGCCGCCGACCGUGCCUCUUCGUCUCAUCACGACCCCUCUUCUGCUGCAAACCUUCCUACACGAAGCACAGCUCGAAGCCUCUUUCGCGACCCACGCACCUUUCAUCCAGCCGGACGAUCUCAAUCACCCAUCGCCGCCUUCCGCAACCGUUCGCAGAGCUCCGAACGAUCCCAUCUUGGCCCUUCCAGAUCGCAGCCCAACAGCCCGCUUCUGCAGCCAUCCUCGUUUCGUCACCACGGCGACAACACCGGCGUCCACUUGCCGCCCAUCCACUCGCUCUCCAAGGAGCUCCGUUCGGAUCAUCAGGACGCGCUCGCACAUCACCGUCGCACGCCCAACACCUCGCCUCGCGCAACCGCACGCUUGCACAUGGGCAACACCUUCCGCGACUCGAGCCCAGCUGGUUCCAUCGGCAGCCCCGCGACGAUGCGCCACGACUAUCCAGCAUAUCGCCACGAGCUUUCAGUCGAGGAGCGCGCCAAGAUGCAGCGAUACGCCGACGAGCAUCCACGCCCCAUUGCGCCCGCUCCCAGAGUCAGCUACGAGCACGAAUCGCGCGGCCUGCAGUACCGUGACGGCUAUCCGGCUCCUUCGCGAUCCAUUGAGGCGUCUUACCAUCAGAACGGUGCCCGUUCCGCCGCCCACGGCGACUCGCGCACAAACAGUCCCCAGCAUGUCCCGCGCGACGCCUAUGAACACGAGGGCUCUGGCUCGCCUCCGUCUGCCCAUCAUGCAGGCAUGAGGUGUUCCAACUGCGGCGUCACCUCUACUCCGCUCUGGAGGCGAGCGCCUGAUGGCAGCACCAUCUGCAAUGCCUGCGGACUCUAUAUCAAGUCGCACAGCACACAUCGUGCUGCCUCGAGCCGCCCGGGCGGUUCGGACGCUAGCCCUCCCACACACGAAGCCAAGCUUGCCGCGGCUGCCGGUCCUAGCUGUUCGCGCGAAGACGAUCCCAAAACAGGUUCCUGUCCCGGCGACGGUCUCUGCAACGGCACUGGCGGCACCGCCAGCUGCAGCGGCUGUCCAGCCUACAACAACAAUCUCUCGCAAGCGCUCAAGGCCAGCAAACGCGAGCCACACGCUAGCGAAGAUCCUUCGCCCACACGUGCCGCGGAAAGAGCCCCGUCGGUCAGCGAAGACAAGAAGGAUGACGACAAGAGUUCCGUCGGCGCUCUCCGCUGCACGAACUGCCAGACCACCACCACUCCGCUCUGGCGACGCGACGAGGACGGCAACAACAUUUGCAAUGCCUGCGGUCUCUACCACAAGCUGCACGGCACUCAUCGCCCCAUCGGCAUGAAGAAGACGGUCAUCAAACGCAGGAAGCGCAUUCCUGCCAAUGCGGCUGCCCAGGCUGCCAACCACCCUGAUGUGGUUCCGGUGCAGAUCAAUGCCAAUGGUCAGCCCGUGAUCGCGCCCGCUGCCGGUCGCAGCGCGGGCGACUCCACGCCAAACUCGUCCGAGGCCAAGCGUGCCUCGAAAAAGUCCACCUCGACGUCCGAACAAGCCAUGCGUGAAGCACGCGAUCGCGAGGCUGCCAUGCUCUUGAUGGAGGUUGGCGCCGGUGGCAGGUCGCGCACCUCGAUGCACGACGACGAUCGCCAACACCAGAACGGUGCUCUGGCCAGUUCGGCUUCCAUGCAUCACGACAUGCACUUUGCCAGGGCCGGUGCUGAUGCCGUGCGCCCUUCCAUCGCAGAGGACCAGCGAGCCGCCAAGCGACCGCGCAAAUCGUACCCACUGGCGCCUCGCGAUGCGUACGAUGACCAAGAUGCCUCCAUCGGUGCAUACAGCGAGACAAACGCUGCCGGGGCGUCGCGAUCUCAACGAUCGCCAGUGGAUGCCCACACGUCGGAGAGGACGAGCCGGUCCGAUCUCAACCGCGAAUCGUCGCACGGCGCCAACGUCGCUCCUGAGCAUGCGGCGCGCGCCAAUGCUGCUGAUGGCGCGAGAACGGGCUCGGCCGUGCCUCACCACCACCAUCACCAUCAUCACCACCACCCUAACCACGCUUCGCAUGCUGCCCACCACGCGCACCACCACCACCACCACCAUCCUGUGGCGGUCAGCGGCGGCUCGCACGGACACGCAAGCGCAGCGUCUGGAGGCGGUGGCAGCAAGCUCAGUGAAGUCGAGAGGUUGAGAGACGAGCUCCUGUUCGAGCGCAGACGUAUCGACGAGGUGCUUCAGCGCGCCGAGGCGAUCCUCGCUUCGGCUCGUGCCGGGAACACUAUCGCCGAAGCAGCUGGACCUUCGACCAACGUUCUGCGCAACAGUCAUGGUCCCUCGCGCGAGUCUCCCCACAGCGGUUCGACUCGAGGAAGUCCUCAUGCCGACGUCCGCGCUGGCAGGGAGUCCAACGCUGCCGUUCAGGAGGAGAUGGCCGAGGCAGCUUCGCGACGAUCGCAUCCUCACAGCAACAGCAGCUCUUCGAGCGAGAAGGACGAGCUCGAGUCGCCGCCUCCAUCUGCGCACCACCAGUCGGCAUCUCGUCCUGUGGUCGCUUCCACCGGCAGGCAUCCAAGUUCUCGACGCAACAGCUUUGAGCAAAGGAUGGCUUCGCUUCCGGUGAUGGCUGCCGUGCCCUUGAAGCGCGGCUCACCUCCGAGCACUGCCGCGAAUCUGGCCGACAGCAGGUCUCUGUCUGCAGCUCCUCAAGCCGGCCGCAAGGCGACUGCGUGGGGCAUCGAUGCGCGUUCCACACCUACGGCUCCAGCAGCGAAAUCGGGCGAGAAGCGUGGCCGUGCCGACGAGAUGGACGAGGACGACGAUCACUGGAACUGGGACAAUCUGUACGGCAAGGCCAAGCUGGAGAAAGCUGGCGAUUGGCGCGGCUUUGCGCGACCGGUCGAGGACCGUCGAAGCCAGUCGAAAAGCAACGGUGCAGCUCGAACGGAAGCUUCGGCGCCGUCUGUUGCCGUAGCUAGGCUGCCUGUCGCCUCGAGCCCUGCCCAAGCCGUGAGCGCCCCGCGAACCUGA